AUGGACACCCAGGAAGCAAUGCCAAUAAGCAGCCUCGAGCUGGCUGGUCCCUCCAGCACGACCGAAACGGUGGCACCAGGCUCGACACCCCACCCACAGCUGAAGGCCGAUCAUAAGAGCGACGCCAUACCAUCCCAGGACAAGAAAAACGUGAUUGGCAAGCAGAAGAAGGAUGGGAAGAAAUGCUCCAAGAAACACAAGAAGAAGAAAAAGAAAAGGGGAAAACGACCAUCAAUUCUUGAAGACACUUCUUCGUCCAGCGACUCGGACGAUGACCCGUCCGUCGAAGAUUCAUCGACUUCGGACGACGAAACAAGUAGUUCCGACGACUUGACCUCCCGCAAGGCGCGAGCGCGCAGAGACAUCAGCGACGACAAGGCCAGGAAGCGGUAUACAAAGAGGGCCAAGAAGGCCGGCAAGAAGGCCAGAGGCAAAACCAAGGGUGAGGCCUCGGGUUCGGCCGGAUCCGACUCCGAAACCAAACCCAACAAUGACGACGACAGCGAUAGUACCGUUGACGACAAAAUUCGACGUGUGUUCGAUUUUGAGGGCAAGUACAAGUCAACCACAGUCGAUGUCAAGAGCAAACUUCUCCGGGAGUGUCUCCAGGACGUCAUUGGCAACAUCAAAGGUGUCAGCUUGCCUUGUCUGAUUCUCUGCAGUUACCUGGACGAUCUUCGCGUGUAUAGCAAGGAACUCAAGACGUCUGAGCCACCUGGUGAAACCAAGCGAGCCCGGCAGAAGGCCCGGAAGCAUGCCAAAGAAAAGAGACGCCACCUCAAAGUCCUGUUGGGAUACCUAGACAAGGACUAUGCGCAAGUCAAGAAAAGCCUCUAUCCCAUGCUAGAGAAUGGUCUCAUUACUUUUGAACUUCUUUGGGCACUAUGGAAGCCCAACACCCUCGCGUACACUGCGACGUACGGCUCAGAGGAUGAACCCCGUGUCUUCAAGGUAGAGGCUGCUGAGAAACAUACCAGCUUUGUGAAGGGUGACUUUUACUACAUCGAUGGCAAGUACUUUGAGUAUGACGGCAAGCAAUUUGGCUACGGGAGUUUCGCAGAGGAGGUCAGCGACUUUCGCGGGGCUCGCAAGAUCACGAGCCUCAAUUGUUAUCCCCUGAAGUACCACAAGAACGAGCAAAAGGUCCGAGAGCACCUUAUCUCGCGCGGCAAAAAGUUUGUCCUGCUCGGCGGUGUUCAAUACAAAUGUCAUGAGGGAAUGGCCUACUACAAGAAGAAGAAGAACACCAUCAAGAUCAACGUCAAUGGCCGAAUAAUGGUCGACCCAUCAAUUCACCGUCGCUGCAACCCCAACUAUCCAGUCCCGAGUGUCCGAGUCGAGGAUCAUGACCUCGUGUCUGAAUCUGAGUCUGACGACGACGAUGCAGAGUCCGGCUGUGGCUGCGUUUCUGAGACUGAGUCAGACCAAGGUGAAAAGAGCUGCGUCACUGAUUCGGACAGUGACAAGACAGUCGAAUAUGUCAGAAAGGUCUACAAAGAUGAGAACGGUCAAUUACGCAUCAUGCGAGUCCGCAAGGAACUGGUAAAGGAGAACUCUACUAUUCAAGAACUUGACGCCGUCGAGAGCAAGUCAGGUCAGGUGACGGACGCGACAGCUAGCGACGCCAAGCUCGAAUUCUCUGACGAAGAGUAUCUCCUUGCUUCGCCCGUCGUUCUGGGAUUCUCCUUUGGGGAGAAAAUGUGGCUCGAGUUCAGCGUCUCUGGCGUAAAAGAUAUCAAGUGGAACGAAGAGGCGUACGACUCGCUCGUGCUGCAAGAAAAACCCAAGGCGAUCGUCAAGGCUCUCGUAGAGACGCACAGGUACCAUGGUGUUGAAAGUAUUGACGACGUUAUUCAGGGGAAGGGAAAGGGCCUCGUUGACUAUGAUUACUUGACCAAAUUCGACCUCAACGGACGCCAGAUCAAGAAUACGAUCCGCACCGCACAGGCUUUGGCGACGAACAAGAUGGAGGCGCUCAGCAUGCUACAUAUCAAAGACGUGCUAGAAGUGCAACGGUCUUUUGAGCAGGACCUCAAGGGUGGAACUGGCUACGAGGACGCCAUGAGAGCGUACCAGUAG